CCCCGGGCUGCAGCGCUGUGUCGGUGGUACCGGAGGAACCGGAGCGCUGGUUUCAAGUGUGGGAGCAGACCGCCGGCGGCUCGGACCCUCACUCCUCCUCAGCUGGGAUGGGCCGUGCUCUGGAUGGCUGACAGACAGGGUCGCGGACCAAUCACAUGAUAAAAUGCUGGCUCGCAACCGCUUCCUCCUCCUGGUGGUGGUGGGCGGGGCAGCGCUGGCCAUCAUCAGUCUGAGCCUUCAGUUCUUGAACCUGAUCCCCGUCACCCCCACAGUGGAGGAGCGACCAUUCCAGGCUGAAGAUGGAGGCAAUGGGGUGGCGCUUGGGAAGAGUAGAAAGAGGGUGUUCCCGGUGCCUCACACCCAGGAACCCAACCCUAUAUCUGAGGCCUAUGGCUACUGCAACACCCCCAACCACACUGAACAGGCCUGGGAGGGUCACAGUCCUGCCGACUACAAGCUGCUGUCUGUCCAGGUGAUGAUUCGGCAUGGAGACCGUUACCCACUCUACUAUAUCCCCAAGACCAAGCGACCAGCCAUCGACUGCACCCUGUCCCCCAGCAGGCAGCCAUCCCACCCCAUGCUGAACGCCUUCAUCAGCCACAUGGGCCAAGGAAGCCGAGGCCACUGGGAAUCCUCACUGGGCUCUGCUCCCCGUCUGCCCAACCACAGUGUCUGUGAGAUGGGAGAGCUCACACAGACAGGUGUGGUGCAGCACUUACACAAUGGGCAGCUCCUCCAUCAAGCCUACAAGCACCACAAUCUACUCCCCUCCAAUUGGACGCCUCGCCAGUUGUGGGUGGAGACCACAGGAAAGAGCCGGACUCUCCAGAGCGGACUGGCCUUCCUCUACGGCUUCCUCCCGGAUUUUGAUUGGUCGAAGCUGACCAUGCGUCACCAGUGGAGCACGUUGUUCUGCGGUUCGACCUGUGACUGCCCGGCCAGGAACCGAUACCUCGAGGAGGAGCAGAGAAGGCAGUAUCGUCUGCGGGUGGCCGACACCGAGCUGGAGAGGAACUACGCCGACAUGGCACGGACUCUGGGUCUGCCUACUCGCCAGCUCAGAGCUUCUAACCCUAUAGACUCCCUGCUGUGCCACCUGUGCCACGGCCUGUCUUUCCCAUGUGUUCGCGUGGGGGAGAGCGGCAGUGGUGGAUGUCUGACAAUGGCACAGUUUGCUGUGAUCCGUCGGCAGCAGUUAGAUGAUGAGGUGGAUCGGCGAAGAGUGGGGCUGUACCGUAAAUAUGCCAUCCUGGCUAUGUACCCCUACCUGAACCGAACGGCUGCCAAGAUGGAGCGUGUUGCCAAGAGCAGCGAGGCUGGAAGGCAGCCUCGAGCAGGCGGCGAGGAGGUCUUCACGGUCUCUUCAGCUCAUGACGUCACCAUGGCCCCGCUGCUGAGCGCCCUCGGCCUGGAGGAGGCCAGGUUCCCACGUUUCGCAGCCAGAGUGGUGUUUGAACUGUGGAAGAGUCCCCCAACAGUGCAAGGGCAGCUGAAAAAAAAAGCUGGCAAAGCAAAAGACGGGGAACUGUUCAUCAGGGUGCUGUACAACGGCGAGGAUGUAACAUUUCAUACCACCUUCUGUCGCUCCCACAACCGUCAUGCCGGCCAGCCCCUCUGCCCUCUGAAGAAAUUCCUGUCUUUUGUCAGGAGAGACAUAUUUAGUAUUUUCAACGCCACUACUUACCAAGGCGCCUGCUACAGACGCCCCGGGUGACAGAUGGACAGAUUUACAUGAGGGUGAAAGAGAAAGGAUGGAUGUACUCUUUUGUUUUCCACUUUUGAAGAUGGUGCACUUAUAGGCUGCUCACAGUGUCUUAACUUUCUACAUGUUUUGAAAUGUAGUCUUUUAACAUGUUAGUGUUCGGUACUGAACAUUUUCUGCUCAGAGGUCUUCAGAUUCUAACAUUUUUACAAACUUUCAGAAAGACUUUUUUUGAAUCUUUUAAAUCUUCUCAAGCAAAUGUGUGAGAGAUAAACAAUUCAACGGGAGUUCUGGUGGGGCUGUGCGAUACGACCAAAAUCUCCUAUCCAGACAACAUAACAUAACAAUUCAUAUUAUUACUUGUCAUACCUUUUCUUGACUGUGUAUAUUUGGUAAAUGUCAUCACAGAUGUUAAGUUACAACAUCGGCUGUUAUCUCCAUCCAUCAUUAUGAUUUAUUUAGGAAGUCUUAAAGUUUAGGGUUUGUUUUAAUAAUAAUAAAAACUUGAAUUUAUAUAGCACCUUUCAAGAGACCCAAGAACACUUUACAUGUGUGUUCUGAGCACGACUGCCCUGAUGUGGCUUUUAUCCAUCGUACGUCUCCAUAAUGUUGAUGAUUCAUGAAUCUUAUGAAGGUGCUGAAAAAGGUUAGUGGGUUUGUCGCGGGGACAAUUCUGCUCCAUCAUGUGAGAACUGUUUUCUGUUCCAUGUAUGAUUUCUCAUACCUUGUCCACAUCCAUGCUCCAGAGGUCACAACUACUCUUUUAGGUGUGCGCUCCUUUUUUUUAAUUCUUGGCUGGAAGUCCUCCUCCUUCUCCUGUCCACAAUCACCCCGCUCUGCGUCAUGAUCACUCUCCUCCAUGUUUGUUUGUGUUGCCUUUGUUCAGAUUUCCUGCCUGCAUCCGUGCAGUUAAAAACAAUUGAGCAUAAUAUAAUAUGAUAGAUGUUUUUCUCAUGUCACACAGUAUUUAUCGUCACAUCGCACAGCCUAGUCGUACGGCACUUAGCCACUUUAUUCCUACAUUCCAUAAUACCAUGGAAUUGUAAAGGUAUUCCCAAACGCCUGCAAGAAAUAAGGGAAUAUCCAAGCUGGAAAUACUAUGCUGGAAAAAACAUUUUUGGGAAAUAUUUUAUGAUAUAAUAAUCUUUUCAAUGAAAAUAAACGUUUGGCUAAUUUGGGUCAAAUUACUUAGUUUUAGUGACUUCUAUGUUACUUCAUUUGUCAAUUUAGUAUUUCUUUGAGUAUUCAUUUUCAUUGCAGUAGCUGUCUUAACAGUAUUGUUUAUUUCUUUCACUUAUUGAUAUGGAUAUUUUUUCUUAAUUUUCUUCAAAUUGGUUACGGUGCUGUCACAUGAUCAGUGUUUUACGUGCAUUAAUUUGCUGCUGCAGAACAUCUGUGUUAUGAUAUUUUUGAUAGAACUGUUCACAUUCCGAUGUGGUUGUUUGUUGGGUACUAAAUCUGACCGUGAUCCACGGUUCAUUUUGAAUUCUACUGUAAAGCACAUACAGUCAAAUAAAUACUUGUGUUUUCAUUGUA